UCCAUAACAUGAUCGAAAAGCUCGCAUUUUUCCUUUUGUUCAUCUCUACUGCUAGCGGAAACCCAGCUGCGGGGAAGCCAUGGCACUGGAAAUCCCGAAAGCCACUGGUGGGUCCCCGCGGAUACCUCCCUGCCACGCCCUACGCUGCGACCUGUACCGAGGCCGUUCCUCACUCGUGGCCCCACCAGGUGGCUCUCUUCAUCGACCACAUGUACUUCUGCGGCGGUUCCCUUAUCUCUAGCGAGUGGGUCCUCACGGCCGCUCACUGCAUGGACGGUGCCGGCUUCGUCGAGGUGGUGCUGGGCGCCCACAACAUAGUCGAGAACGAAGCUACUCAGAUCUCCAUGACUUCCACCGACUUCUUCACUCACGAGAACUGGAACUCUUGGCUCCUCACCAACGACAUUGCCCUCAUCAAGCUGCCCAGCGCGGUUAAAUUUAAUGAAAACAUCCAAGCCGCCAGACUGCCAUCGGUCGACGUGUCUGCCGGCACUGUAGUUACGCCCACAGGCUGGGGCGACCGGUGUGGCGGCGCAAACGAUAUCCCCCCCGGCGUCCUCCAUCAAGCAGACGUUCUUAUCCUGUCCAAAGAUGAGUGCGACGCCGUGUAUGGAGUGGUCGGCGUUAUCUGCACUGGUGGCGGGAAGGGCACUUGCACCGGUGACUCCGGCGGCCCCCUCAACCUGGACGGCGUGACCUACGGCAUCGCCUCCUUCGGUUCCUCCGCCGGAUGUAAGGCUGGCUACCCCGACGCCUUCACCCGCGUCCACUACUUCCUGGAUUGGAUCGAACAGAAGACCGGCGUCACUCCUUGAACGGCCUAGUCCUCCUUUUUUUUCUCUCUCUCUUUUUUUUAGACCAUGUGCAGGCGUUGUGAAGAAAUUUAAAAAAAAUAUUAAGGAUUGGUGCUAUUAAUAGUUGAUAUUCUAAUUGAUUAAAGCCUGUUGUUACGAA